AUGGAGAUGGCUUGGCGAGCGCCCGGCGGCGGCGGCGGCAGCAUCGGGAGCGCGCCCGCCGCCCGCCCGUUCAUCUGCUCCUUCCCCGGCUGCGACGCCGCCUUCAGCAAGGGCUGGCGGCUGGACGCGCACCUCUGCCGGCACACGGGCGCGAGGCCGUACGUCUGCGGGCACGAAGGCUGCGGGAAGGGCUUCACGAGGGAGUUCCACCGCGCGCGGCACCUCCUCACGCACACCGGUGAAAAGCCGUUUGAGUGCACAGCUGAUGGGUGCAAUCAGAAAUUUGGAACAAAAUCAAACCUAAAGAAACACAUUCAACGCAAGCAUGAAAAUCAGCAAAAGCAGUAUGUGUGUGACUUUGAAGGCUGUAACAAGUCUUUCAAGAAACAUCAACAACUUAAAGUUCACCAGUGUCACCACACCAAUGAACCUCCCUUCAAAUGUAGUCAUGAAGGAUGUGGAAAGAGCUUUUCUACUCCAAGUAGACUAAAACGGCACGAGAAGAUACAUGAAGGCUAUGCAUGCAAGAAAGAAAACUGCUCAUAUAUUGGAAAAACGUGGACUGAGCUUUUGAAACAUAAUAAAGAAAGUCAUACAGAGCCAAUAGUUUGCAGUGAAUGUUCCAAAACUUUUAAACGCAAAGACUACCUCAAGCAGCAUCAAAAAACACAUGCUGUGGAGAGGGAAGUCUGCCGCUGCCCAAGAGAAGGAUGUGGGAGAACUUACACAACUGUAUUUAACCUCCAAAGCCAUAUCCUCUCUUUUCAUGAGGAAAAAAAGCCAUUCUGUUGCGAUCAUCCAGGCUGCGGAAAAGUGUUUGCAAUGAAGCAGAGCCUAAGAAGGCACAUAGUAGACCAUGAUCCUGAAAAGAGAAAGCUGAAAUUAAAAACAAAGCGUUCUCGUCCUAAGAGGAGCUUAGCCUCUCGUCUGAGUGGAUACAUUCCUCCUAAAACACAGCCAGGAAAAGGUGCGGUUGUGACAGAGAGCAAGACAGUGGAUAAACCCGUGGAGAAUGAAAUACCAACUGUUGAAAUUCUGACUCUGCAGUAAAGGUUAAUUGAGACAGUUUUCUUCAUGGAAUGACCAGUGCAAAGCUCAACAACAACAAAAAAAAACACUUUAUUUUUUUUUUAAAUAAGAAAUUAAUAUUGUUUAUACCUCUUCAUAAAAUCACUGAGGCAACUCACUUCUGAUCUUCA